UAAACUCCCAUCUAAAAUUCACUCACCUCAAUUUUGCCCCAAGUCGUCGAAUCUCUUCAGUUUUCUCUCAUCUCCGCCGCCGCACUUUUCUUAAAUCCACCACCGGAAGAAAAAAUGGCGUACGCAGCGAUGAAGCCGACGAAGCCGGGUCUGGAGGAGCCCCAGGAGGUGAUCCACAAGAUCCGCAUCACUCUUUCCUCGAAGAAUGUCAAGAAUCUCGAGAAAGUUUGUUCUGACUUGGUACGUGGCGCUAAGGACAAAAGGCUCAGAGUUAAGGGCCCGGUGAGAAUGCCGACCAGGGUUCUCCUUAUCACCACCCGAAAGUCUCCUUGUGGUGAAGGAACGAAUACAUUCGAUAGGUUUGAGAUGCGACUACACAAGCGUGUGAUUGACCUUUUCAGCUCUCCGGAUGUCGUGAAGCAAAUUACUUCAAUCACCAUUGAACCCGGUGUUGAAGUCGAAGUCACAAUCGCCGAUUCCUAGAUAAUAUCUAUUGGCCUUACUUUGCCUGUAUUUUCUGCAUUUGCUACUUACGUUGAAGACUAGUUUAUUUAUUUUGACAUAUUAGAAGUUUUGAAAUUUUAAUCUUUUUUCGGCAAAUGGAUCUGUUGACCUUUUAUAUUUAGUAGCAAGGUUGUGAAAGACCAUCAACUAAAGUGGUGAAUGGAUGAAUGUAGGUAUUUUCUUUAUUUAAGAUUUAAAUUAUUGAUGAA